UGAGGCUGCGCUGCAGAAGACCGCACGCAGUCAGAUUCACACACAAGACAGUUCCCUCUCAUAAAACAAACACACGCACCGCGCUGUCUGGGAGCGUCCUCCCAGUAUCCAUCUCCCUCCGUUUCGCCGCAGGACGUUUCUGCGGUUAUUGCGUAUGCACGUUUGCCCUGUUCUCCUGGCCAGAAGGAACUGUCUGCGUCGCGUCAGGUUUGUCUUCCUGCCCGCCUCCUCUGUACCCGCUGCUGCUGAUUGACAUUCCUGCAGAUCAAAGAUUGCUUCCAUUUGCUGUUAUGGAAACUCGCAGCUGCGGCAGUUGCGCUGGCUUGCUGUGAAACGGAAAAGUGGAUGGGAGAGAACAGACCAUGACUCUGGAGCGGUCCUCGUGAAGAAUGGGGAUACAUAUGCAAUCAUGGCCAGAUCAGCAAACGGCAGAGCCACUGAUGGGGACUCUCGGGUGUCAGCCCCGCCGGACCGGGCCGAGGUCCGGGACUUGUCCGACCCAAGGGAGCUGUCUUUAGAAGAAGUGCUGAAAUCCUACGAGCAGCCCAUUAACGAAGAGCAGGCGUGGGCGGUGUGUUACCAAUGCUGCAGCGGGCUGUGCGAGCCGCUCCUGGCGGCGGAGACCAGAUUCUCCCGAGUGAAGGAUCCGUCCUCUAUCCUCUUGUACAGAGAUGGGACAGUGUCCUUGCAGAAAGAGCCAAGCAUCAACAAUGACGACGACAGGAGGCCUCACCCACUUCCUGUGCCAGAACGUCAGAUGGUGCAGUCCCUGGGCGUGGCUAUCUACCGUGCGCUGGACUGGGGACUGGAUGAGAGUGAGGAGCGGGAGCUGUGCCCCCAGCUGGAGCGGCUCAUUGAGCGCAUGGCUGGGGGGGAGGCUGGCAACGGCACCGCAGACGAGGGUUACAGCGGCCAGGAGGAAGAGGAGGAGGAAGAUGAGGAAGAAGGAGCGCUGCGUGCGGUGUGCUCCUUCCGUCAGGUGAUGGCGCUAUGCGCCUCCCGCCUGGCCAACCCAGCGCUGGCCCCGGAGCACUACCAGGCCGUCUGCCGCGCCCUCUUCGUGGAGACCCUGGAACUGCAGACCUUCCUCGCCAAGAUUCGAGAUGCCAAAGAGAUGCUGAAGAAGAUCCGAACUGAGGAGCCGCUGGAGGACAGGUGCACUGCUGAACUGGACGCCCUGAAACACACAGACUGGGCCCGUAUCUGGGUGCAGCUGAUGAGAGAGCUGAGGCAGGGGGUGAAGCUGAAGAAGGUCCAGGAGCAGCAGUUUGACCCCCUCCCCACAGAGUUCCGCCUCACGCCCUUUGAGAUGCUCAUGCAGGAUAUCCGCGCCCGCAAGUUCCAGCUGCGCAAGGUCAUGGUGGAUGGUGAUAUCCCCACGAGGGUAAAGCAAGACGCCCACGAGCUUAUUUUGGACUUCAUCAGGUCACGCCCUCCACUCAAACCUGCGUCAGAGCGGAGUCUCCGCCCCCCUCUGCAGGAGCAGCAGUCCCUGCACGAGCGCAUCCUGGCGGAGAUCAAGCAGGAGCACCAGCUGAGGCCCGUGGAGCCGCCCAGCUCCAAGAGAACAUUCGGCUCCCUGCCAUGUCUGCUCCACACCUGCCCGUGUGAUGUGAAGUCCACUUCCUGUAUCGACUUGUCAAUCAUGGAUAAUGGUGCCCGCCCCCCUUCCCGUCCUCGGGUUUUACUCAAAGCUCCAACUCUAGCCGAAAUGGAAGAGAUGAAUAUAUUUGAGGAGGAAGAGUCCCCGGACAGCACGGACCUCCGGCGGGUUGAGAGCUCUCCCACCCCUCUGAAGAGAGACCGGUCGUUCUCGGAGCACGACCUGGCCGAGCUGAGGGGAGAGCUGCUGCCCUCGCUGUCGGAGUCGGCCCAGCUGGGCGGAGCCGUUGUGCGGAGGGCCGAGCGCCCGCGAGCGCGCACCCUGGGAGGGGCGGGGCCACCCCCACUGCACAGAGCCUCUCUCCCAGUGCAAGGCUGGAUGCCCCCCUCACCAGGGCUCCUCUGUGCCCCACGGGGCUCCCUCAGUGCUGUGGAGGAGAGGGUAGAAGUGAAGGAGGUUGGGUCUCCAAACCAGGAGAGCUAUAAACCCCAAUGGAUGGAGGAGUUCAGUCACCCUGUGGAGAGUCUGGCCCUAACAGUAGAUGAGGUCAUCAAUGUGCGCCGUGUGCUGGUGAAGGCCGAAAUGGAGAAGUUCCUGCAAAGUAAAGACCUGUACAACAACCUGCGGAAGGGCAAGGUGUGUUGUUGCUGUAAAAUAAAGUUCCCUCUCUUCUCUUGGCCAUCAACUUGCCUGCUGUGUAAAAGGUCUGUCUGUGGAUCCUGCAGUGCCAAGAUGAAGAUCCCCUCCAAGAAGAUGGCACACAUCCCAGUUUACACUGUGGGGUUUGAGAGCAGCGGUAGCAGCCUCACUCGCAGAAGCGAGCUGUUUAAGUCAGUGCGGAGCCUCUCUCAGCGUUCCGUGGAGGAGGAGUUUCCUCACCUGUACGCACACGGCUGCAGCCUGAGGGACGUGUGCGGCGACUGCUCCAAGUUCGUGGCCGACGUGAUCUCCUCCAGCCGCCGCAGCCUGGACCUCCUCAACAACACGCCCAAGAGAGAGAGGGCUCCGCCCUCGCAACACCGGCAGCCGAGCGCGUCGCCGCGCCCAAACACCUCGGGCAGGAAGUACAUGUAGAGAGAUGACUGACGGGCGGCGUCCCCUCCCCCAAUGGAAUAUUCCUUCAUGUGUUGUGUGGGGGUUGAAGAGACACAUGCCUUAUCACAUAGCUCCUUCCCCCCUUCACCCCCCACCCCCACUACUCACACCCUGCUAACUGCACACCUGAGACUGUGAUAGUAUUGAGGGAGAUGGUCAAAAAGACAGGGGGAGGAGUUUAGACAGAGGGAGGAGCCAAAAGACACAUGUCUGGACAUGCUGAGGGGUAGGGAAGAGCCAAGAGUGAUAUAAUGGAUGGAGCUGAGAGACUGCAGACCUAGCUGAGACACAGAGUGGGAGGAACCAAGAUGGUGGGAGGAACCAAGAUGGUGGGACGAAGUAGAGGUUUGGUUGCCACUGAUUUUGAAUGUAUUUUUUCUUGUAAAAACCAUAAACCCUUUCCAAGCUGACACUUCCCAUGUCCUCAGCCGGCUCUAUCUUCACAAUUGGCAAUUUCACAUAAUCAUGCCAAAUUAGCCAUGGAAAUCCAGAGUAAGCUAGGCAAACAGGAAGUCACGACAUGAGGUGAGGUGAGGGGAGGGGGGGGGGGCGGGGAGGGAGAGAGAGAGAAAAAGAGAGAGAGAGGUUUGGACGCCAGAUGCUUUCGCUGUACUGAAAUCAAGGACACUCCCAUACAGCCCACCACCCGCCCCCCCGACUCCCAGCCUCUCACUGCCGGCAGAGACCAGCAGGCUGGUUCCAGCGCACAGGAAAUGCACCAGUGGAACUGCCUAUUAGAAAAGGGAUCUUGCUUCCUCUCGGCUGAUGCUGCAGGCCGAUACCGUUUCCAGAAUGUUCUGAAGUGCACAGUAAUGGGAUUUCAUGUCCACGGUGUUUUCCUGCUGCUGGUGGUGUGGCGACGGGACUGUACGGAUGUCACAGGGCGGGCAGGCCGGCCUGGGGAGGCUCGGGGUGAGCCCAGCAUCUGGCGCUGGUUCUGAGUGAGUGCUCUCUCACACCAGUCCUCAUCUUUUCUGCCUCGUGGCCGUGUGUGACCUCCCCCUCCUCUCCCUGGAGCCCCUUUCACCCUGCCCAACCCCCCCCCCCCCCCCAGACCUUGUUCUGACCAAUUUUGUUGUUAAACACUCAAUAAA